AUGGCGGAGGUAAUGCAUAUUUUCGACCGAUAUUGCAUUCAUUAUUUUAACUGUAGAGAUUGUCCCCAUGGUGAACAGUGUUCAUAUCCGCAUAAGGCUCGUCACGAAGUAGAGCAGAUCCAAUACUUACCCGGCAAUGAAUAUUUUUUGGGAAAACCUCGCAUCAACCAAAGAAUUUGUAGAUUUUUCUUAAGGGGUAACUGUAUCCACCAACAAAAUUGUCAUUAUCGUCAUGAACACAUUAACGAUUUACCUAAUGUUUUGAAAGGGGUUGAUAAAUCAUCAAAUAAUCGCUCACCAAGAGGAAUUAUCAACACCAACGUACCUUCAACUUCACAGUGUGAGAAUGUUACAAACAAAAAUUCCAUAAAUAACAGUCUAGAUCUUCAAAAUAAAGAAAUGCUUAUUUCCCAUCAAGAAAUCACUCCCUGCCAAAAAGAAGAACAUGACAAUAAACCCCUAACCGAAGAAGAAGGUGCUUGUGCAUCCCCACCACUGACACAUAUAAGUGAUUCCUGGGUGCACGCCCCGGAAUUUGUGCCAAAAAAUAUUUAUAGACCAAAAAGUUAUGCCGAGGCUCUCAGUUCCGAAGCCAUUGAAGAAAAAAAUGCUAACAAAGAACUAUGCCGCUACGUCAAUAAAGAUGGCAUAUGUAGAAACUUGACUGAUUGUACCUAUCUACACGGGGAAAUGUGUGAUAUGUGUGAAAGGCUCAUUUUACAUCCUUAUGAUGAAGAACAAAGAAAAAGACAUCGCCAAGAAUGUUUGAAGCAACACGAAAAAAAUAUGGAAUUAUCUUUUGCCAUUGCCCGCUCUAAAGAAAAAUCAUGUGGAGUGUGCUUUGAAGUAAUUAUGGAAAAAGCUACUGGUGAACAAAGAUUCGGGAUAUUACCAAAUUGUAACCACUGUUUCUGCUUAAGCUGCAUCCGCAAAUGGAGACAGGCUCGUCAAUUCGAAAACAAAAUUAUUAGAGCUUGUCCAGAAUGUAGAGUCACAUCAGAUUUCGUUUGUCCAAGUAUGUACUGGGUAGACACAAAAGAAGACAAAGAUAAAUUAAUUGAAGAUUACAAAAAAGCUUUAUCGAGAAAAGACUGCAAAUACUUCAAAAAGGGACAGGGGAAAUGUCCAUUUGGAAAUAAAUGCUUCUACCUGCACGCCUUUCCCGACGGACGCAAAUGCGAUGUUGGACCUCCUCCAAGACAACGACGUCCCCGUAAUGCUGAUGCAGACAUCGAUGUCCUACAGGUGAUGCUUUGGGACUUUCUCGAUGAACGCGACUUUCCUUGGCAAUCUUUGGCCGAGGAUUUGGAGGAUUUAGUUUCCUUUUUUACGGAUUCCGAGGAAUCGGAUUGGUCUGAUUACGAAAUACUGUUUGAUUAG